AUGAGCACAAUAGACGCACAGAAAUUACCCGCGUUUCCUUCGUAUGAAGCUGUCGAGCGCCUCAUCGUGCACGAGAAGCGCGGAAACUGCGUGCCUGUAUUCGUCCAACUUCCCGCGGAUCUCAUCACUCCUGUCAUCGCCUACCUACGUAUCGCCCAAUCCUCGAAGUACAGCUUCCUCUUGGAGAGUGUGAUCGCGGGCGAGAAUGUGGCACGGUAUAGUUUCAUAGGCGCCGAUCCCUUCAAGGUCCUGCGUGUCGGUCCAUCCGAGUCGAUCACGGGCGACCCAAUGUCUGCACUUCAAAAGGAGCUGGCUUCAUAUCAGUACAUCCGUAUACCCGAGGUGCCAACAUUUACUGGCGGAGCUAUCGGCUAUGUUGGCUACGAUGCGAUCAUGCACUUUGAGCCGAAGACCAAACGCGAACUGGUCGAUAACUUGCACAUUCCCGAAGCCGUCUUCAUGCUCACAGACACGUUGCUCGUCUACGAUCAUCUCUACCAAACGGUCAAGGUCGUCAGCCACGUCUGGUGCCCGGAUACGACGGGCCCGAACAACCUCUCUUUCGUAUACCAGACGGCUGUAGCCAAAGCCCGCCGCCUUGCCCGCGCCGUACUCAGUACUACGACGCCUGAGGUUCCGCAGCCCCCAGUCACGCUUGGCAACGAGAGCAAGUCAAACGUUGGGAAGGAGGGUUACGAGGCACAUGUCACUAGCUUGAAGAAGAACAUCUUCGCGGGCGACAUCAUCCAGGCAGUACCCAGUCAACGUAUCGCACGCAAAACCGCCUUGCAUCCGUUCAACGCAUACAGACGACUACGUAUGGUCAACCCCAGCCCAUACAUGUUCUAUCUCGACUGCGGAGAUCUGCAAAUCGUCGGCGCGAGUCCCGAAACGUUGUGCAAGGUCGAGGAGAACAAGGUGUUCAAUCAUGCGAUUGCUGGUACUACGAGGCGCGGUGCGACUGCAGCAGAAGACGAGAAGCUGGGGCAGGAGCUACAGAACAGCGAGAAGGAUCGCGCAGAGCAUAUCAUGCUUGUCGACCUCGCGCGAAACGACGUGAACCGCGUGUGCGACCCACAUACGGUGAAGGUCGAUCAUCUCAUGCGCAUCGAGAAGUUCAGCCAUGUUAUCCACUUGACUAGUCAAGUGUCGGGUAUGCUUAGGCCUGGUCUGACACGAUUCGACGCCUUCCGCUCGAUCUUCCCCGCCGGUACGGUGAGCGGCGCUCCGAAGAUUAAAGCGGUCGAACUUGUGUACGAACGCGAGGGUGAGCGUCGCGGGGUUUACGCGGGUGCUGUCGGCCGUUUUGACUUCGCGUCGGACGCGAUGGAUACAUGCAUCGCUAUCCGGACAAUGUUAUUUAAGGACGGGACAGCCUAUCUGCAGGCAGGUGGCGGGAUUGUCUUCGAUAGUGUCGAAGAGGACGAAUAUGUUGAGACCAUCAACAAGCUCAAGGGCAGUGCCAAGGCUCUCGACGAGGCGGAGCAGUACUGGUACGACGUGCAACAGGGUCGACCAAAGACACCGUCGCGGCGGGGAUACGAUUCAUGA